UUGGGGUCCCUUGUAGUGUUUCCUCAUGGGUUGUUUGUUCAAAGAUCUGACAACCUGAAAUGAUAUAAAAUUUCUUGGAGAUUACUUGAAUCAAGAAUAAUAAAUUGAGAUUCUCAACUCAUUAUAAGGCUUCAAAAUCAAAUUGUCAAGUUUAUGGAAACUCAAUUAAUGAAAUCAGUGUAAUGCGUAUCUUGUUACACAUGGAAUUUAUCUGUAAGGAAAAACAGCUUGCAUAUAUAUGAAGGAACUGUAUAGUUGAGGUUGAGGGACUAGAUUCCUUGAUUAUUUUCUUUCUUUUGGAAUUGGAAUUUGGAAUGGUUUGGUACGUGGAAAUAUUCUAUUCUAUACAUUUCUUCUCUCAGCCUUUUGAAGGUUGAUCCUCCUUUAAGAGCAUAAGGAAAAAAGGGAGAGACAGAAUGCUUGAAGCUUGGCUUUCUCUCAAGAAGACCCUUCAAUGCAAACCACAACCAAAUCAAGUUCAUGAUCCAAAGACUACUAGGCAGCAAAAGGGUAAUCAGAGAACAAAGUUAAGUAAUCUUGAGAGUUCAAAUACCAAAGAUUUCAUCCAAGGAAGCAAGGGGCACUUAAAAAAAUCACUGAGUUAUAGAGGGGACAUUGACAUCACUAGUCCCAUAACUAAUGAAAUUGUUCUUGAUAGCUCAAACAAUGGAACCUCUCGAUGUUGUCCUUGUCCUCAAAGCAAUAGCGGCAACAAAGCUUCGGAAGGUUCUCAUAGAACACGAAGGUCAGCUACAUCUUCAAAGAUAACAAUGACAUAUCAUGUUGAUUACAAUGAAGCAAAUGUCUCCUCCAAUACAAGUACGCUGGUUCAGAUGGAUUCUGAUGGUUGUUCAACAUUGACAUGCCAUAAAUGUGGCAAGAAAUUGAAAAAUCUCGAUGCUGUAGAAGCACAUCAUAUUUCCGAGCAUUCAGUCACUGAACUUGAAGAAGAUUCAUCUAGACAGAUUAUAGAAACAAUAUGUGGAAGUGGAACAAGCUCUAUUAAUAAUUCCGAAAACAUGGUGGGGCAGAUUGAUUGCAUUUUAAAGGUUCUGAAUGUACCAAAAACCUUAGCUUGCUUUGAGGAAUACAGAGCAAAGGUGAAGGAUAACGCUGAGAAGCUACAGAAGAAGCAUCCACGUUGUGUGGCUGAUGGAAAUGAGCUUUUAAGGUUCCAUGGCACAACUAUUUCAUGUUCUCUUGGCACAAACAGUUCUAGCCUGUGCACUUUAGACUAUUGUGGUAUAUGCCAAAUCCUGAGAAAUGGCUUCUUCACCAAUAAGGAAUUCCAUGGUGCAUCGGGGGUUUACACCACUUCCACAAGUAGGAAAGCCUUUGAAUCCAUUUCCAUUAUGACAUCCCAUGAGAGGCCAUUUGCAAGAAAGUCUGUCAUAGUGUGCAGAGUAAUAGCUGGGAGAAUUUAUAGUCCUCUUGAAGAAAUUGAAGAAGAAAGGGCUGAUUCAGAGUUUGAUUCAUUGUCAGAAAAUACAAAUGGUCAUUCAGAUGCUGAGGAACUCUACGUGUUAAAUCCCAAAGCCCUUCUUCCUUGCUUUGUGAUAAUCUACAAACAGCAAACAGACAAGGCUAGGAGAUUAGGAGGUUCAGCUCAAGCUUAAGGAGAGUAGUGAUUCUUCUCAAAUAUUUUAUAGCUUUCAUAUAUUUAUUUGCAUGCUCGUCAUGUAUAGAUGAAACAUCAAUUCAAACUCUGCACAACAUUCUAGCCUGUUGGGCUUGCAGUAUUUUUAGCUGUUGCAAGCAAGAAACAAUAAUAUAUUAAAUAUGUGUUAAA